AUGGUUGCGACGAAAAUCUGCAUUUGCCUUUCGUCGCCGAUUCAAUUGCAGAUUAUCGCGUAUAGGUUCAUGGUAUUUUUUUUUAUAACUUGCAACAUUCUUUCUGUUUCUGUCGUUCAUUUUGUGAGUUCUUUGAGGCUUGCUAAAUUCUCUCCUGUCUGAUGGACAUGCAUUUCCUUCGCCUCGCUUCUUUAUCGAGAAGUUAUAAAGCUCAGUUCGCUCUUUUUGUUCUCGGAGCCUGUUAGAGCAGAUAGAAGAGUAUUCUAGCUAUCAAUCGUAUAGCUUCACUCACGGUUACUGUCAGAAUCUGUUUUCUCCGACCACGACAACCACAACUACCUUGACCGCAGCUCUCCGCAAUUUACAUCGGUGGCGGUUUACCUCUCGGAAUCGAAGCGCCGACUUUUCAUCUCUGCGCUGCUCUGGCCAGUAAUGUGAACCAGUUUAUCGAGCGGUUGGACAACACCAUCCUCAACUCGGACACAAUGCCGCAGAUAGUGCUCAUUGGGUGUGUUGCGGGUCUGUCACAAGCCUUCAAUACGCCGAUCGGGAGUCUGCUGUUCGUGUUGGAGGAGUUUGACUUCGUUCGCAG